AAAUUCUUUUUCCUACUAAUGCUCUUAAAGUAUCAUAUUUGAUAGUAAUAGUUAAAAAUUUACAGCAUUGAUAUUUCUUUAAGAGCUAACCUUAUUCUGAAUGUCAUUUGACCAAAUUGAGUCCAAUGGUAGCUGAGAAUUUUUCCUUCCGCUCUGCCUGUGAAUUUGGAUUUUGUAAGUAGACCCAUUCUGCUAGUGUAUGUGGUAGUCCAAGUUCUCGUUGUUUAUUUUGUCAAAUCUUGUAUAUGAUUCAUAAAAGCUGGUUUUGUAUGAGCAAUGGAUCAAUAAACGUGUUCCAUGGAUCUUGCACUUAAACAAGUUAGGCGUUGAACUCCAUACAUCCUGCAAAAAAUUGUGAUAAUCUAAGCUAUUCUGACAAUCAACUCACUGUCUGGCCUGAUAGAUAUGUACCUGAGCACUUUCCGAAAUAUCUGUGCUUGUCUUUCCCCCAAUCAUCUUCAUGAGCUUUUCUCGAAAUCACUGUUAUUCCAGCUCAUACGAUAUCUUUGCUUUAUGUCUAGAAGGAGCUAAUUUAGCUUGUCAUUUAUUUCAGGGCCGUUUCGAGAUACUUUGCUUAUCAGGGUCUUACUUGGUUGCUGAAAGCGGUGGCCCUCGCAAUCGUACUGGUGGAAUAAGCAUUUCAGUUUGCAGUCCCGACGGACAUAUCAUUGGGGGUGCGAUAGGUGGUAGACUCGUAGCAGCAAACCCAGUACAGGUAGUCGCAUGCAGUUUCGUUUAUGGUGGAACUAAGCCAAAAGGCAAGGUCGAGUCGGCUGCUGAAGAUGACAAACAUCUGGUAGAGAAAUCUGCAGAGAAGUCCUUGACCCCAAUAACUGCUGCUUCUAGUCAAAGCUAUACACCUAACACCGGAGCAAGUGCUUGGCCGCCAGUUGCUCGGUCAGAAGUAAAAAAUUCCCAGAUGGAUAUUGACCUGAUGCGCGGAUGAGAGGGAUAACAAUAAGCACAUGUAAGUUUUUUCUGUAUAUAUGUGUUGUUGUAAAUGAAGUGCGCGAGGGACGGGCCAGCCAGCUAGUUUCGUGCUAACUAGUGUUUAUCUUUAGGGUUUAGUAGGAAUAUGGAUGGAGAAAUUGGAAGUAAAAAAAGAAGAAGGAUGGAUUGACAUCUUUAUAGGUUGUGUUGUUUUAUCUAGUAAAAUUGGUGGGAUUUGUUUCUUGUUGUGGCCAUUGUUGUAGCUAUAAACCUAAUUGUAGACAGUGAUUUAACUUGAUUUGUUCAACCUAGGAGUUCAUUGCA